CACAGCUAGUGAGACAGACUUUGAGGACUUCAGAACAUUAGAGCUCUUCCGGACCCACUUCACCAGCAUCUAGACAGCAUUUGAAUAACAACAACAACAACGAACAACGAACAACAAUAAUAAUAAUGAUUAUUUACUUGCAAAAAGGCGAUGCUCACUUCCGUUUUGGUGUAUCCAUGGAAACAGAGCUUCUAGACGAUCACCUGCGUAAACUGCUCUGCUGCUUUAAGGAUGAGUCAACUUGGCAAAUACAGCGACAAAGUACUCAUUGGUAACUGGGCGGAGGAGAGAUUACAUUUCACUAGGGAUUGCAAGACAGCAAACAGCAGCUACAGGGUGGACUACACGCCCCACAGGUCACACAGGCCCAAUGUUGUCAUGUGCAAAAGGCCUCUUCGCAGCUCAGAGGGUCUUCCCUUAAGGCAGUUAUUUUCUCAUCAUGACGUCCCCUCCUCCCACUGUCUGGUGACACUCUAUGAUGAGUCGUACGGGCGGCAGGCCUCCUCUCUGCCCGCACUGCACUCCUGGAACUCUUUCAAACUGACUGGGGUCCCAGAGAGGUCAGAUCACCCAAUCCAAGGCCCUCCUACUAAUUUCGGCUUGGCAGAAUCCUUGCGGGCUCGUAUGGAACAACAGCGGGCAGUUGUGCCCACACUAAGUGAGUAUAGGGCUUCAUACCCUCUGCACCCCAUCAGUGCCUUCUGUUAUUCUCGUCACGUCAGCAUGCCCAAGCGCUUCUCCAGCAGUCAGCACCCUGCCAAGCACAGCAACGAGAACCUGGCACUGAAACACAGACCCUGCAGGCAGGUCUCCACUAAUCCAGCUAGCUUGCUGUGACCCUUGCCCCUUGUUUCAACACCUUCAGCCCUCCAGUACCACACAUACUGGCCUCAGCCUGGGGAGAGGGCUUGGCAUACCUUGUUUUACUGAUCAAUAGCACAUAAAACAAAAGGAACAGGAGCAGUCCACUGUGUUUGCAGAAAGUCAAAUAAAAUAUAUAAACUGCAAUGUUGUCAAAAAGUCUAAUAUCACUAGUCCAAAUACUUUUACCAUUUAAUGCAUUAGUUUUAUAUUAUAUCAUAUUAUCAGCAUUUUAUUUAAAGGGAAAAGCAGCAACUGACAGCAGUACUUGAGCUGCAUGAACUCCAGUGUGUAAAACCUGAUGAUCAUGUUGUCCAGCAUGAUUAGAGCUCUUCUGACUUCACACGGUCUAAAACUUUUAAACCCCACUGAAAUAAUAAUAGUCUAUAAAUAUUUGAGCUUUACAGGUAAAUCCAUCAGUCAGCCUGUGUUCUUUCCAUGUUUACUACAAGUUGGUGUUUAUCUGCAGGUCACAUUAGUGAGUGAGAGAGAAAACAGUGUUUUCAAAAAAAAAAAAAAAAAAAAAACACAUAUUUUUUUUAAUGAUAUGUCAUGUACAUUGCACUAAAAUAGCAUUGAAUCAACAGUUCAUUUAGACCACGGUGCUAGUUCAGAUAGCCGAGUCAUUCAUUGGCAUACUUUAAGGGGACUUUCAUAACUCCCAUCCCAUUAUGUGUUUAAUUAUGUUGAAUCAAAGUGUUUAAUUACAAGGAAUUGGGCACUAUAUUUUACAUAUAACCAUCUGUUCACACCUCUCCUGCCGUGUAGAUUUUAUCCCACUGUGUUCCUCUGUUAGCCUUUGGAACAUUCCAGCUCUGUGUCUUUUUGCACUUGUGUCACUGACUUUUUGUGUGCCGAAUUAGUUCUUUUGAGAUUCCAUCAGACCUCAAGAUCUCCCCCACAUGAUGGUGCUAGAGUUACACAUGGAGAUAAAUGAUACAUCACAGGGAAUUGCAUCACAGCACACACUCCUCUGCAUUGCCUGUUUUCUUUGAUCGCAUAUGCAUAAGCGAUUGUCACGGUGAUUGUAUACUUUCAUUAACAUAAAUUGAUUAUGUGAUUGUUUUGCUUUUAAUUAAGAUCCUGGUCACACAAAUGCCUCUUGCUGCAAACACACAUUUUGUCAGAACUCAUUAUAUAUUAAAGUCUAACACAAGAACCAAGACUCACUUAUAAUAGAUGAGAAUUUUAUUCCCUGUUCUCCAGAAGAUAGAGAGAAAAGUUACAUGAAGAGAAAAAAAACAUUAGAUUCUUAUAUCCUUACCCCCAUUAAGUCAUUAGUUCUCUCUAUAUUGUUUAAUGGAAUACACAAAGUGAAGAAAUGUUUCUGCUGGGCUCCCCAAAGUGCUCAUGUGAUGUUAAAUAGUUUUUGCAAAGAACCACACAGUGUUAAAAUAAAAUGCUUGGAGAAAUUAGAGAAUCUUCACUAGUAGAACCACUGACCUGAAAGGAAUCGCAUUCUUGUAGCAAGAUGACAAAAUUUGUGGAAAUGUCAUGCUUUUUAAAAAUAUUUUUUGCAAAAUAUAAUAUGACAAAUAGAUUUGCAUUUUAUAUAAAAAAAUCUGCUGCUUUCAUGUAAGAUUAAUUGUGUGAUAUGCAGAGAAACAGCUCCAAAUAUGCAAAAAGGAAAGAAAAAAAGCUUUGAGUAUAAUUAGAGAGCAUAUAUAAACUGUACUAAUGGCAGCAAUUCAUAUUUUGUUUAUGAUGCCAGCUCUACAACUGCAGUUCGGCUUUAUUCUACACGCAGUAUUGAUUGGUUAACAUUAUCCACACAGUGUUUUCAAAAAUGGUAUAUUUACUGAAACAUUUUAAGCACUUGCACAAGACGUUUCCAGGAUUUAAAGGUUGAUUUUAGACAUCAGAGUGGUUUGAAGGCCUAAACGUACAAAUAGCAUCCACUUUGACAGCAGAUUUAUUUAUCAGUAAGUGCUGUGUAAUUGUGAUCUAGCUGUACAAUAAUUGGAUGUAAUAGCCUUGAUAUUUAAUCUCAAUUGCCACUAAUUAAGAAAAGGUACAUUCCUUGAACAUGUG